AUGUCUCCCGCGAAUAGCUUCUUCCCGCUGUUCCUGACGAAGAAGGGCCCAACCGUCAGGGCAAUGCAAGAGGUGCUCCAGCGCAUUGGAGAAGCUACAACAGGCACCAAAGACGUGGUGCAAAACCGUCUCCUCGCCAAGGCUUUGUGCAACAAGAUGCCAUGUUCAAUCUUACGCGACGGCAGGGAUAAGAAACCUAGGAUCUUGUCCAUCGACAUGGGAAUCAAAAAUCUUGCCUAUUGCGUGGCAGAUGUCGAGAAGCCUACACCCACCCGUGACAGCACGCACAUGAAUAUCCGCACCUGGUGUCGGCUAGAUCUCAGUGAAGCAUUUCGGGACUACUCGCUGGGUGGGGAUCAGAAGAGUCUUGCGAAAGAAGCAGCUUUGGAAGGUCGGGAAGAUGAGGACCUUUAUACGCCGCAAAGCUUAUCGCGAAUGGCGUAUUGGUUUUUGCGCAAGAUCUUGUCUGACUGGAGUCCCGAUAUCAUUCUCAUUGAGCGACAAAGGUGGCGUAGCUCGGGGAGCCCUACGAUACAGCAAUGGACGGUACGAGUUAACACGCUGGAGGCCACUAUGUGGGCGGUGAUGGAGACGUUGAAGAGCGAACGCAUGAAGUUCUUGGAAUGGCAGAUGUAUGCUGUAGACCCCAAGCGCGUGGGACACUUCUGGCUCAAUGGUGUGACGCCGGCAGCGGAGCCGAAGUCUGCGCGAGCGAGUAAGAAGAAGGCCUCGAAGUCUUCCACCAAAUCUGAGGAGGAUGAAGAAGAUAUUGGGAAAUCCGAAGAUGAAGAAGCAGGAAGCACCAAGAAGCUCACCCGCGGAAAAGCGGAGAAGAAAGCAAAGAUCCAGCUUCUACGCUCCUGGCUCGACUCAGACAACCCAUCCACCACGUUGUCCGCUAGCAGCAACCUCGCAAAUUCCGAAAACGCCUAUCCCAACAUAUCCUUCACAUUCUCCCACAAGGAACGGAUGGCGUCCCCAACAGGCUACGGCGCUGACGCCACGCGACAAGCUCUGCUCUACGCAACCGACAAACCUUUUGAAAGGGCGAGAAGAACCGCAUACUACAAGGCUUACGUGAGCAAGGUAGACGACAUAACUGAUUGCUUCCUGCAAGCCGCGGCGUGGGUCGCUUGGGGAGAGAAUCUGAGGAAUCUAAGACCGGAGGUGAAUGAGUUGAAGGCGCAGGUUGAGGGAAAGCUUGGGCGGAAGAUGAAUGUGCCCUGGCAUUUGGCGGAUGCUGUGAAGGAGCUGCAGGAAAAGGGUCCAGAGACGAAUGGGCCAGACGGGGAGGUCGUGAAGAAAACAUCAAACGCUAGAAAGACAAAGAUGUUGAAGACCAAAGGGGCAGCGUCGAUGGCGACGCUGAACAAACAGACAAAGGCCAAGAACAAAGCCAAUCGAUGA